AUGGCCCCGUUCGUGUGCGGGGCGGGCGCGCAGCAGUCGCCGCUCACCUCGCACAGCGAGGCCCUGUACGCCCUGACCGCUGCCGGCAAACUGCUGCGCGCGGAGGCCUCUGGCAUCCUCCUCAUGCAGCCCUUCCAGGCCAACGCGGAGAUGCAGUACAUGACGGCCAGCCAGUCGCUCGUGCUGGACCACGCGGAGGCGACGUCGCAGCCAAUCGAAAGGAGCGGAGCAACGCGUACCGUGGAACUGUCCUACCAGCACGCCAUAGACCAGCCGCUCAGCAAAGCCGCUGCCGACGAGGCCUGCGCCAGGGUGGUAGGCCUGCUGAAGCGCCUCGUGCAGCGACUUAGCCAGUCCAACGUGGUCCCGGAUACGGAGCGACUGCACGAACAGACGGCCGUCCAGGUCCUGGAGCUCCUCGUAAGCUUCAACUACACCACUCUGGACCAGCUGUAUGCCUCCGUCAUGCUGGGCACUAGCUAUGAGCAGGAAACUAUGGGGAACCUAUUUAUGGAAUUGCUCCCUCAGGUGGGCACCUACGAUGCGAUUUUGCUCACGAUAAACCUGGUCAAGGACCGCAAGGCAACCGAUUGGACCGCUCUGCAGAUGCUCAUGGCCCUCCCAUUUUAUCUACGCCAGAACUCUCUGGCCCGCCACAGCGCCGAGGAGAUGCUGAAGUCUUGUGAGCCUAUGCUUUCCAUAGAAGAUGUCAGUAAUGAUGUACAAAAAACUGCAAUAUUAACUUUUGCAUCCUUAGUCAAUAAACUAUGUGCAAAUGGCAGAUGCAAACCAGAGACUGUUGAGAGAUAUAUUCGUGUUUAUGUUGACAAAUUCACAGAGAGCACAACAUAUGAGCAGCAAAUGUUGUAUCUAGAAGGACUGAGUAACAUGGAAGUUGGACAAGUUGUAGACUUUUUGGAACCUGUAAUAAAAGGAAAUGUUACAGACCUCUCCCGGCAUUCAUCUCAUCACAUACGUUUUCUUGCUGUUUGGGCUACUAUGAGUACUGCUCCCCAUUCGCCUAGAAGGGUGUAUCAAUUGUAUUGGCCAAUCCUAACUAACUCAUCAGAACACCUGGAAAUGAGGGUUGCUGCACUCACUAUGCUGAUGAUUUCCGUGGACAGCCCUGCCAGAUACUGGUCGCUCUAUUGUGCUCAGGCAGCAUCUCAGUUGGUUCGUGUUGUUCCCGAGCCUGUAGACAGCACAUGGCCAACUAAAAAUUACAUUAUUGACUAUGAGCACCAAUCUCUCGGUGUUGGAGGAUUUUUGCAGCUCUUUAUGAUAGGUAGUGAGCGUACAUUUCAGCCAUCAGUCAUCUAUCUAACAUUUGGAAAACAUGCAUCCCAACGUGUGUUGUCCGAUGUUUCGGUAUACCUUAAACUUCAAGGAGUCAGUGAGGCAGCACAGGCUGCACUCAUGAAAAUAGAAACGUCUAAUAUGAAAGUCCCACAACUAAUUGAGCUAUUACGUUCAAUGAAAGUUAAUACAAAAUACCCAGAGCCAGUACAUGUUGAAAUUUUGCUCAAAAGGGAAGGGCGAGUUAUUCUGUGUCAUCAUUUCAACAAUUCAUUCAACAGCCUAAGCACAUUAAAGGACAAAAUAGCAACAUUUUUUAACCAAUUCCAUGUAAAUGCUCAACGUUUAUGGUAUCCUGUUCUCUUAGAAAUGACACAACCUACCUUAUUAGGCACUCCUGCUAACAUUCAACUUACAUCAUCAGUACUGACAUCAUUGCGAGGGGAUUUCCAUCAGGUCCCAAAUACUAGGAACCUGACAAUACACAACAGACUUGAUGUGAGACUCUCAGUAACUGUUGAGACAGCAUUGAAAUCAUUUAACCCUUUGAGUGAUGUUUGGCACGGAGUUGAUCGAUCACUCGGGUUCCAUGGCCAAAUACCUUUUGUGUGUACAAUUUCUAUGGACACAACAAAUGCGCAUGUUAGUCUAGGACCCUUAAAUGAUACUGUUGGACUUGUUGGACAUCUACGAAGUGGUGUCUUUGUGAAAGGUCUUGCUGCUGAAACUGCACUCUACCACCAUUGUAAGGAUUGUUUGCUUUACCAUACUGUCGGGGCAUACUCAGAGAACCAGAAAACACGUGAAGUGCUUGACAUGAGUAUUGAAGAUUUAGGAGCAAAACUUGAAAUCUCUCUUUUUGAUUGUGAUCGACCAUACAGCACAUUAGACUACAUAAAAUUAGGAGCGGGGUUAUUGGAUCCUCACACAAACAAUUAUCAAAUGGUACCUGGUGGCUUACCACUUCUCGGUGUGAUUCAUCUGGCAGAUGUGGCACUUAUUCAAGCUCCAAGGGGUUCCUGUGGCAUAAUUUCUACUCUACGAACUAUAGGCAGCAGAAAUACUGAGUUGGAUUUGGCAGUGAGAGCAUCAACAGAGGGAAUUCCUGGGAAACCGACAGAGACAUUGCCUGGUGAAAGGAGUUUCAUUUACCUGACUCUAAGUCACCGAGAACAUGGUCUUGAAAGUCCAUUGCAUCAAAUUGAAAUUAAUGGUAUUCAUAGGAGAUUCGCUGGGCAUGCAAAACAUGACCUUCAGCUCAAGAUAACACGUAUUAAAAAUGGAACCCUAACUUCUGUGAUGUGUGUGGAGGCUGAUUGGAACAUGCCCCCAUGGCACCCUGACCUCAUUCCCUUAUCAGACACUAUAACAGGAAACUUAAACACAGUUUGGGGCAGUAGCAGUUCCAGUGGUCGAUGUCCUGUAGGGGGCGCAUCACUUAAACUCCGAGCCAAAGCAGAAGCUACCAUGGAACAGUUGGCACUUGCAACAAGUGCUUUGACUUGGCCAUAUAACCAGUGCAAGAAAGACAGCUUGAAUCGUCAAGAAUGGGGUGAUACUUUUACUCCCCUCACCCCUGCAUGUCAAGAAGAGGCACGCUACUUGGGUGAUUACAAUUCACCUUGA